GGAAUUAACGCCCCAGGAUUCCUCCUCCCCCUCCUCUCGUGUACGCUGAGAAUCACACGUUCACCAUGGAUCCGACAUCGGUUCAGGAGCAAGUGCCGUCGCACGGCGGCGCCGACACUCCCCAGGAGCCUCCUGCAAAGAAGAUGAAACUAGACGAUGCGCCGAGCACCGAUGCGCCUGUUGCUGUUGCAACACCUGCUGCCACUGCUGCUGAGGCCGACCCGCGGCUAAAGGGCGUCGCCCCGAUCAAGGCUGAGUAUCUGCUCCCGCGCUCCGAGAAAAGCCAGCCCACCCCCGAAGAGAACCAGGACGAUGCCGCCGAAGCCGCGCACCACGAUGGCCGCAACAACGAGAUGAAAGCCCACCAGUACCAGCAGCAGAAGAAGAACAAGAAGAAGACGGGCCAGAACACCAACCGCACCUUUGGCCGGUCGGAGGACGCGAAGGGUCUCUGCCCGAGCCGCAUGUUCCAGCCCGAGUUCUCCCCCGCCGAGUGCAGCUUCGGCGAGAAGUGUCGCUUCGAGCACGACCUGCGCACCUAUCUGAAAGAGCACAAGCGGGAGGAUUUGACGACCAUGAAUGGUGUCUGCCCGGUCUGGGACGUUCACGGCAAGUGCUUCUCCGGCUGGAAGUGUCGGUUCGUGGGCUCGCACUCCCAGGAGCGGGAGACCGAGGACGGGAGGAAGGAGUUGGUCCUGGUCGAGGAUGAAGAGCGCAAGAAGAAGGUGCAGCGGUUGGUGCCGCAUGCUUCGGAGGAGGGCGUGCUGAACAUUGCUGCCAUGGAAGAUAAGCUUGCUUUGGCCAGGAAGAAGAAGCAUUUGCCCAAGGCGGAGGCGUAUAGCAACUGGCUGGAGAAGACGAACAGGGCCAUUGAGAAGGACCUUCAUAAGCGGGAUCGUGUUGGUACUACGGAGGUGGAGGACCCCGCCAAGGAGGAGCUGGAGGACAACCGCGCGACCUACGUCGAGCCUCCUUUCCUUCCGUCGGAAAAGCGAAGGCUCUACUUCGGUCCUGAGACCCCCGCUUUGGCACCUUUGACGACCCAGGGUAACAUGCCCUUCCGCAGGCUCUGUGUUGAGCUCGGCGCGCAGCUUACCUACUCCGAGAUGGCCAUGAGUUUGCCGUUGAUCCAAGGACAGAAGUCGGAGUGGGCUCUGAUGAAGGCGCACGAGUCGGAGAUUGCCCCCCCUACUGUUUUCCCCGGAUCGGAUAUCGUACAGGACUACGACAACUCGAAGGACAUGAAGUUCGGCGCUCAGAUCGCGGCUAAUAAGCCCUGGCAAGCGUUCAAGGCUACAGAGGCCUUGUCGCAAAUGACACCGAAUCUGCGUGUCAUCGAUCUGAACUGCGGCUGCCCUAUUGACCUUGUCUUCCGUGAGGGUGCUGGCUCUGCUCUUCUCGAGCAUCCGUCCAAGCUCGAGAAGAUUAUCCGUGGCAUGAACACUGUUUCCGGGCAGAUCCCGGUAACUGUCAAGAUCCGUAUGGGAACUAAGGACAAUUCUCCUAACGCUCUGAAGCUGACUGAGCGCCUUCUUCUCGGCGGCUACGAGUCUCACCUUUUCGGUGGAGGUGGUGCUGGAGCUGCCGCUAUCACGCUGCACGGGCGGAGCCGGCAGCAGCGGUACACCAAAUCGGCUAACUGGGAGUAUAUUUCCGAAUGCGCUGCUCUUAUCAAGCGGCUGAAUGAGAAGACCGACGAGGUUGCCGACACUAUCCGGGAGCCAGACGCUCGCACGCAACCCAAUGGCGGAAAGGUUUGGUUCCUCGGUAAUGGCGAUUGCUAUUCUCACCUUGACUAUGAUGACCAUAUCAACAACGCCGGUGUCGACACCGUUAUGAUUGGUCGCGGAGCUUUGAUCAAGCCUUGGCUCUAUGAGGAAAUUCAAGCUGGCCAGUACCUUGACAAAUCCUCCAGUGAGCGUCUGUCAUACAUUGAGAAGUUCGCCAAGUAUGGCCUCGAGACGUGGGGAUCUGACGAGCAUGGUGUCGGCACGACCAGACGCUUCCUGCUCGAGUGGCUGAGCUUUGCCCGCCGCUAUGUGCCUCUCGGUCUGCUUGAAUAUCUCCCACCUCAGAUCAACGACAGACCUCCGGCUUUCCGGGGAAGAGAUGAGAUGGAGACCUUGAUGGCGAGUACCAACUACAAAGAUUGGAUCAAGAUCACGGAAAUGUUCCUCGGACCUGCUCACAAGGACUUCAAAUUCGAGCCCAAGCACAAGUCCAACUCGUAUGACGAAGCGGAAGGUUGAAUGAUCUGUAGACUAGAGACUAGACUUGAACACAAGCGAAUACUGUACAUACCACAUCUGUCAUCCACCUCUAGCCGGUUUGAAACUAUCGAGCAAGCCUCCGAAGUCGAGUCGCGGCUAUGACGCACUUGGUCCGGGGCUAUCGGCGACGGGGCUGAUCACGUGCAGCCUCUCAGCUUUCCGGGCGGUG